CAGUGCAACCAUACAUGUGGCGAUCGUGAAAGUCCAUUUGUUUUUGUUGUUUCUAACAAAUUCUAAGGCGAAAAUCACUCGCGGAUUCCGAUUGCUUUCAAGGACGAGUCGAUUUAAAGGGACGAUGAUGACUAAGUGAAUCGCGUGACGUAACUGCACGGAAUGUCGACUAUUACGAACGAAGUGACCGUGACGACUGACAUUAGGUUUAGGAAUAAGAGAGAAAAGGGAAUUUCGCGUUCGUCUGGUGUCUGCUGGUUAGAAUUCAUCGGCUAACGCGGGACGACUUGAACAUGGAACAAUUUCCUAUCGAAUGACUCGAAAUCUCUGUUUUGGAUAACUAUAUUUUAAAGCGAGUUCCUUUCGGAAUCGAUCGCCAGCGACGAUUUCGGAACGCUCGUACGAUUCCCGAUUGUUUAUUAAAUAUUUCCAGCAGGUAUCGUUCGAACAAAGUUCCGCUCGAUUCUGUUUCGUGACGUGCAGAUUUAAACGCCUCUCGUCACUCGCGAGAAUCCUUUCCAUGUCCGUGGCCCUCUAACGUCGAUUUCGCGAGACACCGUCACGUGACAUUGGCAGCACUGACAUCUGUUUGCGGAUAAUUGUCAAAACCUACUUUCUCAGCGAAGUCCGCAGCUUUGCAUGCCAGUUCGAUGGAAAAUAUCAUGACUGCAUUUGACUCGUAGGAGGGAAAGGGGCGCAAAGUGCAGCCGCCAAGGAAAAUCGCGCGUCUGUUUUUCAAGGAGUGAUGGGCUGCUGGCCGUAGCGAGUGAUACCACCGAUCUCCAGCGUUCGUCCUCGCACGUCAGUUUCACAACGAUCGGCCGACGCAUCGUUCAUCGAUGGAGCUUAUUCGCGCGUGACAACAACUUUUGGAACAUCGGGCUCGAGUUCUGCCAGGCUUUGGUAGCUGUCUACAUUCGCAUUACCGUGGCAGCUUUUAUUUUCACGUAUCCAUUCGACAUGUUUACCACAUGACAUAAACUACAUUCAAUAACUAACGAAUAGUACCAUUGAUAUUUAUGGAAAUUAUCUCUGCGUCGCAUGCUUACCACUCGAAAUAUGCAAAAUUCUGUUACUAUAAGCACCGAUAAUUUGUCAGAUAUUUAAUGUAACUUUCGACUCUACCUCCAUGCUUCUUAAAUACAUUUAAUUUGAGUGUCGGUAUUACACUGUUUAUGCAUUAGAAACGAUAGAGUUCGCACGACAACUGGCCAUACAGAGAAAAAUGAAUAACAGGCUCGAGGAACAGGAGUCGAAAUGGACCUGUGAAUAUUGUACGUAUGAAAAUUGGCCUUCGUCUUUGAAAUGCACGAUGUGCAGGGGUGCUAAGCCUUUGUUAGGUGAGGACAUUUACCGCCUACGUGAUCCGAGUCCCCAACGGUCUGGAUCGAACGUCGCUUCUGGUCCAGUAACUCAUUUGAGUCCCACAGACUCGUAUAAUCUUAGUCCUCAGAACUAUAGUCAAAAUGUACCAUCAGGUGGAAAGUGGUCUUGUGCAAUGUGUACCUAUCUUAACUAUCAAAAUACCACACGAUGUGUUCAGUGUGGGAAUAGAAAAUCUACGGGUCUUAUUCAGUCGAUACACUCUGUAGCUUCGAAUUUGCACGAGCACCUAGCACCCCUCAGGUUAGGAGAUCCACCGCCAAAUUCGGGAUCCAAUCCCGCCCCGAUAAAUUUACAUCCAGAGAAAUAUUACAAUCUACAAACAAAUUUACAUCCGGAGAAAUGGUCUUGUCUCGUGUGUACUUACGAAAAUUGGCCGAAAGCUACCAAGUGCGUGAUGUGCGGUCAUCCUAAGGAAAAGGACAAAAGGGAAAAGACAACCAAUAAUAUGGGUGUCAUUCUGCCGAGUCCUGAGAGGGAUCAUAGUCAACGUAACUUACCUUCCCCUCCCCAUGCACAGUAUAUUCAUCAGAAUCAGAGAGACGAGAAUACGGCGAUAGGACGAAGGAGUUCGCAUAGAUAUCCCGACAGCAGAAACGACAGUUUGUCUACUCCUCAGUCUCCUAAUAAUUGCGACUACGAGCGUAGAGUAAAACAGCUGAGACGUCACACCGAUUGGUGUUGGUUAAACGCGUGUCUCGGCAUUGUGGAGGGCGAGAAUGCUCCUGUCGAAGCGUAUUUGGCAAGUGGCGGUGAUCCUGCUCGUCAGUUGACGCAUUCGGAAGUUCUGCUUCUAAAUAGAAGUAGCGCUUUUGAUGUUGGUCACACUCUAGUGCACUUAGCUAUUAGAUUUCAAAGAGAAGAUAUUCUAGCGACAUUAUUAUCACAAAUUGAAGGUUCCGGUUCUGGAAUAAAAAGGGUACCAAGUUACGUUGCACCAGAUUUGGCUGCACAAAUACGCAGACACGUCACCAAUAGUAUCCGAUUACGCAAGGGUUCUUUUCCAUGUUAUUUUGUCACUGACAUAGCUACAUUCGCUUUACCUGCCGAGGUCGAGGAUUUACCAAGCAUCGUGCAAGAGCAAAUGUUAGAGGAGUUGUUAGACAAAGAGGCUCAACAGCAAUUAGAAGGUGGCGGAGGGGAACCACCGGCGCUGAAUUGGUCUUUAGAGAUUACCGAGCGUUUAGGAAGUCGCUUACACGCCCUUUGGAAUAGAUCUGCUGGAGAUUGUUUAUUAGAUUCUGCGAUGCAAGCUACUUGGGGUGUUUUUGAUCGAGAUAACGCUUUGAGGAGAGCUCUUGCCGAUUCUUUGCAACAAGCUGGCCAAUUUUUUUAUCCUCGAUGGAGGGAAUACGAAGCAUCGCAAGCGUCUAGAAUGUUGGAUUUUACAUUAGAAGAAACCCAAUGGCAAGAAGACUGGGAAAGUUUGUUAGCGACGGCUGCUCAACCAGGAAGCGCGUUAGAACAGUUGCACGUGUUUGCUCUUGCUCACAUUUUAAGGCGACCUAUCAUCGUUUAUGGUGUUAAAUACGUUAAAAGUUUUAGGGGCGAAGACAUAGGCUAUGCGAGAUUCGAAGGUGUUUACCUUCCGCUUUUAUGGGAACCUUCGUUUUGCAUUCGAUCGCCUAUCGCUUUAGGUUAUACCCGUGGUCAUUUCACGGCUUUGGUUCCCAUCGAACCAUAUGCAUCGUCUAGAAUACCACCUCUCUCAUCUCACGGUGGUGUCGGCUUGGGUGGCGGUAACGGUCCUCUUCAGCAGCUACAAAUACAAAUGCAAACUACAUUCAUGCCGUUAAUGGAUCGAGAACACAAACUCUUACCCAUACACUUUCUGAGUCCGGAAGAAGUUGGCAGAGAGGAAUCUAUAUUGAAGGAAUGGCUCGACGUAUGUAGGACCGAAGGUGGUGUCCUUGUUGCGCAACAGAAACUUCACAAGAGACCUUUACUCGUAGCACAAAUGUUGGAAGAAUGGUUGAAUCAUUAUCGAAGGCUCGCCCAAACAAACAAUGCGCCAUUCUUGAGACCAGCUGUUUUGCAAGAUUACAGUAGCGACGGUGACACGGAAGACGAAUAGCGAGGUGCAAUCGGUUAAGUUAACUAAAUUCACACGAGAAGACUUUUUUCCAUAAUUUUGUUGCUGCUGCACUUACAACGCAAGAUCUCGAGAAUGCUAAUUAAAUUUCUGAACGUGGCAGAGAAAGUAUACGGGCGUUACGAUUCGCUCAUCUUCAUUGGCAAUGUAUUAUUUUUUCUUUGCACGACAUUUGUACAUUAAUAUUGGCCAACGAACUGCUGAAUAUUCGAAAUCUUAUUGAUUCAUAUAAUUAAUUAUAUCACACGUUUAUGAAUUAAUAUGAGUAUUUGUUGUAUUAAUUUAUUAUUAUUCGUAUGUAUAACUACGCAUCGAAUGAUCGUUAUUAUAGCUAAAGUACGAUUCCGAAUCACGGGCAGUGAGUUAAGAAAUGAAACUUUUGUUACAGCUAAAAGUACUUUGUGUUUGGUUAAUUUUCGGUCGAGAAGUUCUAUGCGCUGCUAAAAAAAAAAAAAAAAAAAAACACGGCUCUGUACUAUAUAAAUGAUAUUUAACAUUAAUUUUCGUAAUGUGUUUAUAACGAUGAUGUUAUAUUAAAUGGUGUUACUAUAAUUGGUAUGAAUCAUUGUCAGUUUUGGAUUGUAAAAUCGCGACGGUGAAAGUACUGGCGAAAGAGAAUUAUACAUUAAAUUAGUAGAAAUCAAUUUUUUGACUUAAAAAAAAGGAUCGUUAGUUCUUUCUAAAAUUAGUUGUACAUACUGCUCACUUGGGAGAAAAACUCUUCGGAGACGUUUCCGUUUCAUCGUAUUCGCUGCGAAUACGAAAUUAGGGGGAAAAGAAUUCUCGCUUGUUAGUCGUGAGAGAAAUUAUUUGUUUCGGAGGGAGCAUAAUUGUAAGAGUUUACGAAGACCGUCGCACUCUUCGUCUGGUCGAGUGUGAAAGUGCUCGGAGACUCGGGUAUAGACCAUGUGAUUUUCGAUGAUAGUAAAUAAGGGCUGGGAAACAUUCUGUAAUCGUCUUUGAAUCACUUGUUAACUUCGAGCUGUGUUAAUUAGCGUAAAAGCGAAAUUACAACGACACAUUUCUCUGGCGGGAAACAUGGGCGGAGCAUUGUGUUUUCUUCAGAGAGGGGCAAAAUUCUUAUCUAAAUAAACAUUUCGAAUAAGUAAUUAAAGAUAAACAAAACUUCUGGUUCGUUAUCUGCUCAAUAAAAAUUACGAUUUUCGUUAUAAAAUGAAAUAAUUCGAUUCGCGUUUUGACGAAUGAAACGUGGCGAAUAAAUGGUUACGCGGUGCUUUUAUUCGUCGUCUAUUAUUCGAAUAAAAUUUUGCCCAUCUUUGGUUUUCUCUGUGGCCACUUACAGUUGACCUAACGAUAAAUAAGUACCAGUUGAACCGUAUUUCCUUCAGCGGGAUAUAGAACAGAAAAGUAAGAGGCGAGGUUGAAGGGCAGAGAAACAAGUAGCACUAAUUUAAGCACCAAGAUUAUGCCUGGUAUACACUGUAUUCGCGGACGGACAAAGAUAUUGCGGUAACUGGCACGGCCAAACGAUGAACCCUAAUCAAAAAAGUACAAAAAAUCGUAAGAGAGGGAAAAAAAUACUGUUUGUUUACGAACGUGUUAUAUGGUUCGCUUAACAAUUUAGUCUUCGUUUUUACUAAUUCUAAUGUAGCUUCUAGUCCUUUUUAGCACCGUCGUUUUUUCUAAUCACGCAUGUGAUUUAUUUACGUGAUUACCGAAGGGCUCGAUAUAUAACGUUCAUAUAGGGAACUAUUCAAGUCAAUUCCAAAACGUUUUAACGGUACAGGCGCCAUGUCGAGAGAGUGAAGAUCAUCGAUGCUGCUGUUAUACCUUUAUUUUUUUUUUCUUUCCUGUUUUCUUUUUUUUUCUUUUGUAUGAAUUUUAUGCGCACGUCCGGAUGACGUCGCGCGUCCCCUUGUGAUCGUUUUAAUAGGUGAUAUUCGACGUUCUCGGACAUGGCGCGUGGAGAAUUAAAAUGUAAAACUGACGACACGCUAUGGUGGUGUAUUUUCUUUCUCCGUUAAGUAAGUGUUUCUCACUCGUGUUGCCAGAAUUUACUCGGCAGGUGAUAACAAAAAAUUAUAAAGAUUUAAGAAUUUAAUUGAAUCAGAUAGAAGUCUAUAUUAAUAUAGAAUAUAUAUAAUAGAUUAUAUUAAAUAAUAUAUCGAUGUACAAUAAUUCUAAAUGACGAUUUAUUAUUAUUAUUAUUAUUAUUAUUAUUAUUAUUAUUAUUAUUAUUAUUAUGUUUAUUAUUAUAUUAUUAUUAUUAUCAGCAUCAUUAUUAAAUCUACAAAUAAGAAGUAUCGAGGUGAAUGAAUAAACUUAAAAUUACUUCACGCCCUUCGAACACCGAUCCCGUUGGUCACACACGAACACAGACCAAUCGACGGUACGAGUCGAAACCUACAACCGAACCAUCCAAUUGAUCCUUCGACGUAAACAUACUUAAUAUUUCGACAUUGUAACCGCGCUGACACCGAAACGCUUCGUUUCCUGACUGAAGUCUGCGAACACCUGCCAGCUCGAGGGAUCAAUUUCGUUGGUGUACAUACCGCCGUGAAAAUUCGUGAUCUCGUAUUUUAACGUUUCAUCUGUAAUUCGUUUAAAAUUUUCAAUUGUGAAUUUCGCUACUUCAGCUGAAACGUUCCAGGGAAUAUCGGUCGAAGCGGUAUAAUCGUUGGUUUACCAUAACGAUGAGAAAGAAAGACAAUCCACGAUACAUGUUCUAAUCCGAUUAAUGUACAUUGCGUAAGGUAACGAAGAACUUACGCGAAGCAAGUAUCAAGUUCAACGAAACGUUCUCGAUCUCUCCUAGUAAUCGUUUUUUCUUCUUCUUUUUCUUUUGUUUUUAAGUUUGUUAAUUAAUAUUCCGAAAGAAUGCAAUUGCAAAGAGCUAAUGAGACACUGAAUGGUGGCAAAUUGUAAUAGCGAGAACGUUUAACGGCGAGAGAUGAAUCAAUAUCACGAAUCAUGUUUGAGGAAUGUUCAAUGUUUAUGUUUCUAUUGUCCGUUUCUCGAUUGAAAUUUGAUUUUGAUGAUCGAUACAAAUUGCCAAUACGGUUAAAGACUCUUUUUAAUUAAAUUAUAAUAUUAGAUGAUUGCUAAGCUUCUCUUGUUUCACUUCAUUAGAGUGAAGUUUUAAUGAUUAAGCAUAUAAAUAAUUGCAAAUUUUGUAACGGAUUGUACAUACAUAAAUUAUAAAUAGUGAGAACAGUUCCACCUUCAUUUUAAUAAUUCAGGUGCUUUAUCGUACUCAUAAUUGGCAAUAUACUGUAUUACUAUUACGUCUCGUAACAGAGUAAGCUUCUCGAGUAUCGUGCUUUUAAUUAUCUUUGUCAAGUGUACCGAGGAUGUAUUUAAAAGGAUACUUCGCGCCAUUUAAAAUGAAACAAAAAAAGAGUAAUAAUUGCCCGAGGAGACUUGCAAUUUUGAUUUCUGUGGAAAAAGCUGCUGUGAUUCCUUUGUGUUAUAUUACCAUAUAAAUAUACAUGUAAAUAGAGAUUAUCUUAUAAAAUUACUGGAAUACAGGAGCACUUAAUAAACUGCAUAAUAAUAAAGCUUAA